AUGCUUUCGAUUCUUUUAGUCUCUACUACAUCUGGUGUACCAUCGUCAUAUGCUGAUGCACUAUCAUCCAAUAGUCCAGUAUUCUAUCGACCCAAUGGUUAUAUAGGCGAUAUCUAUUACUUUCAGGCUAUACAAAUCACUGUUUCUGUAACUGGUGCUUAUAGUUUUACAAGUAACAGUGACAUGGACACCAGGGCCUAUUUUUACGAGACUUUCUUCGAUCCAUCAACUCCGCUGGUCAAUUUGAUCACAGAUGAUGAUGAUUCUGGUGAUGACAUCUUCCAGUUUCGUAUCGAUGUUAAUCUUCAAUCUGGACGAACGUAUAUUCUCGUGGUUACAACGCAUGGCGAUUAUGUAACAGGAAGUUUCAGAGUCUUAGCUAGUGGCCCAGCUUCUCUUGGUCUUAUGUCGAUUACUCCAUCAACAAGUCGACCAAUAAUAACACGUGAGUUCCUUACUAUAUCUUACCGUUUACAAGCUGAAAAGAAUGGCAAACAAAAUCAAUCUUGUCAAUUCUAUUCGACUGAUGCUCGACUCCAAUUGAUUUGA